ACCAUUUUGGUUAAUAUUUGCCAAAAUUGGCUCACUUUGGAAAAAUGUCCGCUUUACGCGGCAUAAACGGUGCUCAUUACUCUUUAGAUUCCUUCUUUCUCUCUCCAAUCUCUUAAUUCUAUCUCCAUUUUUCUCAAUCCCCAUUUAUCUAAAUUAAGAUAUUUUCUUUUUCCCCAAAUAAUUGAAAAAAAAAAAAAAAUCAGAUAUUUUCAUCUGUCCCAGUUGAAACCCAUUUGCCAGAUUAUUACAGCUAAUUGAAGGUUACCAUCUAUCUUAAUAGGAAUGGACUUGAUUCAUAAUUUCCAAGAAUAUGCUGCUGAGCGCCAAUCGAGCAGAGAUGCAAUGGUAAAUAAAACGUGUAAUUCUGAUGUAGCACUAGCACCACCCGCAGAAUCUGAAAGUAGUCAAGGCUCUUUUGACUGCAAUAUAUGCUUUGACUUGGCUCAUGAUCCUGUUGUCACACUCUGUGGUCACCUCUACUGCUGGGCAUGUAUUUUCAAGUGGCUCCAUGUCCAAAGCUCCUCUUCACAGCCAACUCAACAGAAGACUUGCCCUGUCUGUAAGGCAAACAUCUCACAAACUUCAUUGAUUCCCCUUUAUUGCCAUGGCCCCUCCCGCAGUGAAGAUGAGGUUAGGAAGUCUCAACAUGAUGUUAUACCUCCUAGACCUGCAGCAAAUUCUCCUUCAAGUCAACAUCUUCCAUCAAACCCAUUCGAAUCACAACACCCAGAGUUCCGAUAUGCCUCAAUAUCAUCGUCGAAUUAUGUGAGUCCUACAAUGGCUGGGAUUCUUAAUCCCACAAUUGGAUUACUUGGAGAGUUGGUUUACACAAGGAUGCUUGGAAGCACAGGUACCAACUUAUUCACCUCCCCUCGUUCAAAUUCUUAUGCUAUUGUUGGGCAUAACAAUCCUCGGAUGCGGAGGCAAGAACUGCAGCUAGACAAGUCCCUUGACAGAGUUUCAAAGUUUCUUUUGUGCUGUGUAGUCUUAUGCCUGCUUCUGUUCUGAAAAAUGUGAGUUUUUUGUAUAGCUGUAAAGAUUGUAUAAUACUACCACUCCUCGUUAUGGAGUUGUUGAAUCUCUUAGAAAGGAAGUGUAAGAUGAGCUUGGAUCAGGAGUUCGUAAUGCUCCCAAUCAUUCCAAUGUACUGCAGGGUGUCUCUGGUUCUGGAAGCGAACUUUGCAAAAAUUUUCAUUUGAAUAUUGGUUGUGAAUAAUACUGUCCAUUGAAUAAAUUACUGCUAUCUGUAA